UCAAGCAAUGGAGGCGUGGACGGUUUUGAAUGCUUUCAUUGGUUAAAACGCUUAUUUUACAACCAAUCAAAUAACAAAGAUUUGGAGGUGUGUUACCAUUUAGUUGGAGAGGCAUUAUUUUGCAGAACACUUCAAAUCAUGGUAGGCUUUUAAUAAUUAUUGUUUCCGAAUAUUGUUUAUGAUAAUCGAUGCUAAUCAAAUUAUUGCAUAUUAAAUACAUUUUUAAUCUUUAUUUGCAGACUACCUACACCGAUAAAGGUCCAAAGGUAAGCGAAAAUCUUAUUUAUAUUUUAAGUAACUUUGCCAACUUGUGCACUCAUGUUUUUGUAAUAAAAAUCGUCCUUGACAUUUUGUGACAAUCUCUACCUGGGGGAAAAAGAAAAUUGGACACGUGUUACUUAUGGAUUGACUUAUUUUUCUUAUCUCGUUUUCUCCAUUCGUUAUUUUCUAUUAUGCCUUCCAUCAAUAUAGACCUACACAGGGCGAUAUUUGACUCUCGGUCUCGUCUAUAUUAAAAACAAACACAAAACUACCAUAUUUUCAGUCCGCACACUUUUAUUUAUUUGGUGUUUAUUAGAUAGCUUACUAGUCUAUGAGACAGAAAAAGGAUUACACUAUCAUUUGAUUAUUAUGUUGGGGGACGAAGGCCGUGGCGGGGGGUGGAAGGGGGGGCGAAAGGGGCACUCGCCUCGGGGUCGAAAUGCGUCUUCUGAUAGAACAUUAAAUAGUGAUUUAAACUCUUAAAUCCUAGGAUCUUCACCAAGAGAAAAUUUUAUUUUUAUUGGUUGGCACUUUUUCCUCUAUAUAGGCCUUAUUAUUAUAAUAAGAGGCUCCACUUUAAGCUCUCCUCCGUGCGCCGCUUUUCCUCGGCACGACACUGUGGCGGGGGCUGAAAACAAGCUUCAAGAAGGGGGGAAAAAGCAAGUCUUAGUCUUAGUGCAACCAACUCGCUAUUUUCUCUCCCCCCCCCACCCCCAAAUAUUUUUUUAUUCUGUCAUACCCCAUAUUGGCAAUAUUGUUAACGCUAAGAAUUACGAUAAUACAUGAGAAUACAUAGCAUCAGAUAUGGACGGUUUAAAAAUAGAUUUAAAAAAAAAAAAAACGAUUGAAAUUAAAAUUUGUGAGUGUUCAAAAUCUGAAUUAUUAAAAUUUCUAGUUGUCUAAGACUUGUCGGCCUAGCCCUAAUUUCUAAUAUAAUUUCUAAAGCAUUUUGAGAAUAUUUACGACGGCAAAAAUUUUGUUCACUCCUGGAGCCAGCGGAAACUUUCUACAGAACUUAACAAAAUUACGUCUUAUUUAUGUAUAUAAAUGUUUAUAUAGGCCUAUAUUUUUUUUUUCCUCAGCCAGAGGCAGGUCGGUUUAUUGCAUUCGAUCACAUUACCUUUUGGGUAGGAAAUGCCAAACAAGUAAGUUUAUUUCUAGUGGAAUAGCUUUUUAAAAAUUUAUUCCAUUACUUUAUAAUCAUCAUGCCAAAGUACCACAUAUAAUGUGUCAAGGUAAGCUACAUAAAAUUAAAAACAUUACUCUAUUACAAUGUGUUAAAUAAUGUAGAUAUGGCUACAUACAAAUACAAUUUUAAGUUACUUUUUACGCAGGUGCCUAGUAAUGGUAGCACCUAUUUUUAUAAAGAAAUAAUAAAUAAAAUGUUCAAUCCAAAAAUCAUAAAUAUUUUUUUUAAAAAUUAAAAUAUGUAAUUGAGUGUUAUGCAAAAUAAUUUCACUACAUUUCUAGGCAGCCUCACACUACUGCACACGCCUUGGAUUUGAGCCAUUUAUGUACAGGGGACUUGAGACUGGCUGUAGAGAAAUCGCUGCUCAUGUCGUCAAGCAAAAUAAGGUACUUAAAAUUUGACUACUUAAUUAGGCGGAGGCGUAGCAAGAAUGUUUGGCGCCCGGGGACAAGAUUCGCGCACAGGGACAAGAUCCAUUUUAAAGCGCCCCCUUUUCUUUUUUUCAACUCUCAAACCCAUUAUUUUUACCAAUAAUAUAAUAUCAAACCACAUUUUGGCGCCCCUAACUAGCUUGCGCCCUGGGGGAAAUCUGUUCCCCCUGCCCCCCUCUCGCUACGCCUCUGUAAUUAGGUAUUGUAUUGAUUUACAGAUUAUACUGCUAUGCUUUUCUGUCUCAUGUGUUAAAAUGAACAUCAAAACCAAUUUGGCAUGAUAUAAUUUGGCUUUGAAUUAUUAUAUCAUCAUGUAAAGUAAAGUAAAAUAAAUUCCAUCCAAAAUAAAUUUGAAACAUCAGAGAAGUCAAAAGUUUAAAAAAUGUAUAUGAGGUUUUAAAAUAUAAUGUAUGUAUUUUUUAAAAAUAUAAUAAAUUUCAGUUAAUAUUGCACAUAUAUUAAAGAAUAUUCAGUUUUUAUUAUCUAAGAUAAUAUAGAAAAAAAAAACAGUCACUGAAAAAUGAAAAAAACACAAAAAACUAUGAAGUAUCUUUAUGAUAUGAAAUAUGCUUAAUUAGUCUUUAAAUUUGGAUAUGGUUAAAGCUUCUAUACCAUCAUGCAUAAUUUUUUAAAAUACCGGUAAUCCUAAUUUAUCUAAAAAUCUUAACAGUUAUUUCCUACUUUCAGAUUAUUUACAUCUUCCAAUCUAUGCUUGAACCAGAUAAACCUGCAGGUAAUUAUUUUAUUUAUCUAGCUUAAAAUAAAAAGUAAAAGGCAUUUUUUAAAAUGUUGUGACAGCUGAAGCAAUUUACAGGUUGAAUUCUCUAAACCCUCAAAAAGUGAAACUUCUGAUCUUGAGAUGAAAAUGUAAUAAUAGUAAACCACAUAAUACUUGAUGGGAUGGUCAACAAUUCUUUGGGUGAGAAGCCAUUAAAAAAUUUUCUGAAUUUCUGAAUGGAAUGGUCCUCUCAUCACUGACUCUAAAUGAAAAUUUAAAAAAUCACUGAUAUUGUGUCAUUAAAUGAAUAGACCUAAAAUAUGCACAUAUUAUUAAGUUUGAAGCUUUUUGAGCCUAUUUGUCAAAUGUGACUUUAUAUUUUAGAAUCUUCUUUUUUAUUUAAAAUGUGUGCUCUGUUCACAAUUUUUAUGUGUGGUUACAAAAUUAAUAAUAUUGUGACUAUGACAUAAUUCAGUUGAAGUCAAUUUGAUGUUUAUUUUGUGUUAACCUUUUAAGAUAUGGCUCGCCACUUGACACAACAUGGUGAUGGUGUCAAGGAUGUUGCUUUUGAAGUAGAGGAUUUGAAUGCCAUUGUCAAGGUAUUUAUUUUUUGUUAAAUUCUGAAAUCUAUUGUUAUAUAACAGAGCAUUAUUCAAAAUUUAAAAAAUUAUUUUUGCUUUUACCAGUUAAAAAAUUAAGAAAUGGAAAGCAGUUUUCACAUUAUUUGAUAAUUAAGAUUUAUCAUCUUUUAUCUAAUUUAAUUGUUCAUUGUUUUGAUUUUAAAAAAAUACAAUUUUUGAGAAGAAUUGUUGGAGAACCCAAUAUCAAGCUUAAUGUUACAUAAAAGACAUUUUUGUCCUUGGCAGAAAGCAAAAUCUCGGGGAGCUGUUGUUGUUAAAGAUAUCUGGGAAGAGUCAGAUGAACAUGGCUCUGUACGAAUGGCCACAGUCCAAACCUAUGGUGACACAACCCACACACUAAUUGACCGCUCCAACUAUAAUGGUCCUUUCCUGCCUGGAUUUAAACCUGUCAAUCAAAAAGAUCCUUUGACUAAAAUUUUGUAAGAAUUUUUUAUUUUACACAAGCUAAUGAAUAAAAAAAACCCCCAAAAAACAACUUCUUAAAAUUUAAAUAUUUGACAUGUUUAAAUUAAUAACUUUUGUGGAUUGAUAAAUAUUUAAAAACACUGGCCCUAUUUUUCAUUGGCUUUUUUCACAAGCUUUUAUUAUUAAGACAAAGACGUAACAAAGUAUCAAAUUUUGUAUUUACAUUUUCACUUAAUUACUAUUCUGUUACCAUAACUUCCAAUUUUUAUGAAUAAAGUUUAAGUAUUAAUGUUUACACAGGAUUUUAAUUGUAUAUGAUAAAUAAUUUCAAUUUUUUAAAAAAAGUGGUGACUUGCCUUUUUUGUCUCAGGCCUACUGUAGGACUCCUACAUAUUGAUCAUAUUGUUGGCAAUCAGCCAGACUUGGAGAUGAAUGAUGUUGUUGACUGGUAAGUAUUUGAAAUAAAUGACAUUAGUUCUCCUUUCAAUUGAGAAGUUUUUGCCAUAAAAUCAUAACUGUUAUUGAAAUUGUUGAAAAAAAAGCACAUUCAAUGUCACAGAGCAGAGCUCAGCAACCUAUUUUCCCAUGCCAUGCACCAUAGGACUUCUGAGAAUUCCAUGGCAUAUCACAAGUAAAAAACAUGAAAAAAUAUACUUUGCAAAAUUAUUUAACAGUCAUGUGGGUGUGUAAUGCUAAAAGGUAUAAGUUUGACUGUGUUGCUCCUUAUUUUCUGCAUUGGAUACAUUUCUGUUAUCACAGAGUUCGACAGCUCGGUAAUAUGCUAUAUGUCUCUUUUGUAUCAACUCUUUUUUUAUCACUGGUUGCAGAAUUCUGUCCUAGAGGAUCGAUCCCAAAUAUUAGAUUUCUGUUUUAAUUUUUCCUAAAGGUAUGAAAAAAACCUGAUGUUUCAUCGCUUCUGGUCUGUAGAUGAUAAACAGCUAAGCACAGAGUUUUCUGCACUACGUUCUAUUGUGGUGACGAAUUAUGAGGAGACUAUUAAGAUGCCAAUUAAUGAACCUGCUAUAGGGAAAAAAAAAAGUCAAAUUCAGGUGAGAAAGAAAACAAAAAUAAUUUUAUCAGAUCUUAGCAUUGAUAUGUGGCAUAACUCAUAAUUUACUGAAAUAAAUGAGCUUAGGCAAGAAAAGCCCUUAAUAACAUACAGACAAAGAUUAUUACAUGAAAUGUAAUAGCUUUAAUUGCUUUUAAUUCUGUUCUAAAUUCUUUUAAAAUGUUUUUUUUUUUUUUUCAAUGGUUCAACUUUUCAAUUAAUUGGCAGUACCUCAGAUAAUUUUUGUGAAAUUAUAAAAUUAAUUUUAUAUAAAUAUAAUUAUUAAUGUUGCUGGUUGGCCAAGCUAUUUUAUAAAAAAAAAUUUUAAGUUCCACUUCUGAUUAUUUCAUAUACCGGUAGAAGAAAAACUUUUUAAUUGUGUAUUUGUAUAUAUUUUCCAGAAGUGAAACAGGUUUUUCAAAUUAUUUUGAUUUAAAAAAGGACAAAUGGUGUGAUUGAAGCUCUUGACAUAAAAUUUUAUGCAAAAAAAAACCCUUCCACAGGAGUAUGUCGAUUACUAUGGUGGAGCUGGAGUGCAACACAUUGCCAUGCGUUCAAACAACAUCAUUGAGACAGUAACUAUAUUUUUAUUUCUUAGAAAUAAUCUUUUUUGGAUUUUUAAACUGCUUAAUUCAUCUCAGAAUUUAUAAAAUAACUGGCUUCAGUUACAAAUUAUUUCCAUUUACAAAUGACAGGCUUGUAUUUCUAUUUCAGUUGUCCAUAUAAUAAUUUUUAUUAUUAAUAUGAAUAAUUGAAACAUCCGCAGAAAUUUUUUAUAAGAUUGCAAUAUUAAUAGGUCUAUUUAUUUAUUGACUCGUGAAAAUUACAUUGAAACACAUCCUAUUUUAUUGUACAGAUUACCAAUCUAAGGACCAGGGGUCAACAGUUCCUGGAAAUCCCUGCUACUUAUUAUACUUCUCUGAGGCAAAAUUUGAAAAACUCAAAGGUAAUUUAUUUUUAGCCCAUUUUGAGAGAAAAAAGAAAGGUAUGUAACUAAAGGUAAAUUAAUUUUUUUCAAAGUUGUAUAGUGGUAUGGUAGCUUGAAUAUUUAUUUUAUAAUCAGUCCAUGUUGCCAUUUUUAAGGAAUUCAUGAAAUAGUUCUACUUAGGAUUCUUUAAAAAUUGAAUCAAAAUAAUUAAGUUGUUUUCUUCCUUUUCACAGGUUAAAGUGUCUGAGGAUUUAGAUGAAAUACAAAAGCUUAAUAUUUUAAUUGACUAUGAUGAUGAAGGCUAUCUGCUUCAGAUCUUCACCAAAAACAUGCAAGAUAGACCAACACUCUUCCUUGAAGUUAUACAAAGGCACAAUCACCAGGUAAAAUAUAUUACAAUACUCUGAGCUGUCCUUAAAGAUUAGAAAUAACUAACUGACCGUGCUAUACAAAAACAAUACUUCGAUUGAAGAAAUAUUUUUAAGAGCUUUCUGUAAUUAAUAUUUUUUUCAAUGAUGAAUUAUAUUGUUAAUAUUUGCUUGAUUUCAUAGUAAUGAUGCAGUAUCAAUUCUUUUUUAACAAUUCCUUUUAAAAUUCAUUUACUUCAAUACUUGCUUAUAUUACAUAAUCCAUUACUCAUAGAUAAUUGAUAUUUAUCUUUGCUCAACAGGGAUUUGGUGCUGGUAAUUUCAAGUCAUUAUUUGAAGCUAUUGAAGCAGACCAGGCAGAGCGAGGGAACCUUUAACCUUGGCCUGUGCUGGAUUUUUACAAUCCAUUUUGAGAGGAUCAGCUCAAGUUUUCUGAUUUGCUUUCGGAGAUGUUAAUCUGUACCAUCUUGUGGUAAAUUUAGUUAUUAAUAUCUGUCUUUACACAUAAUGAAGCUUAUACAUUAAAUCUUUAUUUUCAUAUGUAUUUGGUUGAUUUUUUAAGUUACUUUCAUUCAACAAAAUGGUGAAGAUAAGUUUUAUAGCAGCUGGUGAAAUUUACUUGAAAUAUAAAAUAUUAGGUAAAUUGAUCAAUAAAUUUCAAUAUUUAAAAAAUAUUAUUCUUUAGUAAACAGUCUGUGGUUUAAAAAUAUGUAAUUUGACUAUGCCGAAAUUACAUUUUACCAUGGAGCAAUGUGUGUUAUAUGAUUAUUAGGGACCUUACUGUGCAACCUUUUAAGGUUCAAACUUUUUAUAUAUUUAAGACAUUUACAUUUUUUUACAUAGACAUAAACAUUUAUAUCAUCUAACUGGCCACAUUUAUAGAAGAGGCCUACAGAUAUUUAAAAGUUUGAUAUAUUUUUAAAAGCAGUAAUGAAAGAAAUAUUCUUGAAUAAGAGCAAUCUGAGCCAGAACUAUUGAUCUGAUUUUUAUAAUGCUAAAUUUAAAUUUUUUCAUUAUAAUGCAUUUAAUUUCUAAGUAGUGUAUAUUUUGUUUGAAAAAUCUUUUAAAAAUUUGAUGUCAAGUACAUUAUAUGAGUUGUAAAAGAAAGUUUGCAUUUUAACAUGUCUUAAAACUCAACUUUAUUCAACUUUAGUUCUCAGUUCCUUAAUUGUAAUGUAUUAUUUGGUAGUAAUUAACUGUUAUAAUUUAAUGUAAUUUAUUGCAAAACUUUUCUUGCAAUGUGUAAUGUGUCAGUUUACAAUAAAUAUAAUUAUUGUAAGAGUUCAAAAGUUUUCAGCUCAGUUUAAACAGGCAAAAUCCAAUUCAAUUUAUUUUUUCAAAUUUAUUUUGCCAAGACAGUCAGUGUGAGGAAUAGAUUUAAAUCUUUCCAUUGCAUUUUUAAAAAAAUGUAAAACUGAUGAAACUAUAUUAUUAAUCGGAAAUUUUGCUCUAGAACUAUAAAACUUGAAAUUGUUUGAUAACCAGUGUCUUUGACCACUAGAAAAAAUUGUCAUCCACCUACUUUUGAGAGAUUGAGUAGUUCCUUAUCUGUCAUAACCACUAAAAAAAUUGUCAUCCACCUAUUUUUAGAGAGAUGGAGUAGUUCCUUAUCUGAUAUAUUUUUGGCAUUUAUGAAACGCCCUUUGUUGGCAGCUGUGUACAGUCUUUGGAACCAAAUAUAAUUUUUUUGCUAUAUUAUUUUUCUUUCUUCGCAAUCAUGAGUUUUCUUUCUUAUCAGUCAUGAAACUAUUGAAUAGUAAUUCAGGGUUUGAUUAAGUUGGUGUACAAUUUUCCCUGCAUGUGGCUACCCUUAUCUUUUAUUUUCAUUUUAGUUAUGUUUGUUGCCUUACACCAGUGGUUCUCAACCUUCCAAAUGCCAUGACCUUUAAUACAGUUUCCCAUGUUGUGGCGACCCCAAACCUCUAAAUUAUUUUUCGUUUCUCUUCAUAACUGUAAUUAUAUGUGUUUUCCGAUGGUACAAGGCAACCCCUGGAAAAGGGUCUUUCUACCCCCAAAGGGGGUCACGACCCACAGGUUGAGAACCGCUGCCUUACACAAUAUUUUAAUUUCAUUUUUGUUGCAUUCAAAUCUUCCGUUUACCAUUAGAAUUGUCGUUCAAUCAUAGUAAAGAUUAAAAUGUUUUCUCUGAAUUUUUGAAUGUAAUCUGCACUUUAGAUUUACAUUCAGUUUCAAUAAAUUCUAAAAAUGUUAGUUUUGUGAAUUUGUUUUGAAAUGAUAUUAAGAAAGUAUUCUAAUGCAUGGUAAGGAAAACAAUUCCAUAAUUAUGUUAUUUAUUGCAUAUAAAAUGCUCAAAAUAUUUUUGUACAAAUUUUAAUAGCAAUUCAUGAAGCCUUGAGUUUAUGAAAUGUACAAUACAUUCCCUUGUAAUGCUCUUUUAAAAGAAGAAUGUCAGUAAAAAUCACAGCUUCAUAAUUCUUGUUUGCAAUGCAGAAUGCUGGUAGUGAAAGGUACGUUGCAAUAAAAAGGCAAAUUUCAAUGUGUGUAUAUUUGCAAUUUUAUUUUAUUCCUUCAUUUCAUUCCUACUCUUACACUUACAAAUGCAUUUAAAAUAACAUUCCAAAUAUAUUUGCUUUAAAAUUGAUCUUGUGUCUCAAAAUAAAUUUAUUAUAAUCAGGAAUUACUCUUAUUUUUUUUGAUGUUGCUAGAAUAUUUGUAGG